UCUCUCUCUCUUUCUAUCGGUCCCUCUUUCAGUCAUAACGACGGUGAUAGGCUCAGGUAGGACCAUGGAGUGGAGGGGCAGAGGGGAAACGUGGUUUCCGUAGUAACCAGCCUCUCCUCCUCCUCCUCCUCCUGCUUCUUUCGCGUCUGGUGGUGCUAGUGUCACCAUCCCUCUCUCCUUCUCUCUUUCUCUCUCCCUCCCUCUCUCCCUCCCUCCCUCUCUCCCUCUCUCCUCGUGUCUUGCCCCUCACGCCAGGAUGCCACUCUUGGAGUGGAGGAUGAUGUAGAGAAAAGGAAAGGAAAAAAAAAACAGAGAAGAGAGGAACUGCCAAUUUUUGUUCUAUUUCUUCUUUUUUUUCCCUCAUGGCCUCCUUCUAAAGACGUAAGGAUUUCUACGCUCUCCACCCGUCCGUUGUUUCAUUAUUCCUGUCAAGACGGAUACAUCCCACUUUUUUUCCCCUGGCCGGAGGUUUGAUCGGUGCUAUCUGUUGGGUCACCCGACGGCGGGUGGGAAUAUUCGGAGCGCUCUCUCUCCCGCUCCGGGAGUGGGAUUGGGAAUUUUGCGCCAUGGCUCACGCUGCUUCCCAGCUGAAGAAGAAUAAGGAAGUGGACGUGAACCUCAUCGAGGAUGAGAAGGAGCGUAAGAGAAAGAGCCGGAAACACUCCCGUGAGCAAAAGAAAAAGUCAGACAGCAAUGCCAGCUAUCUGCGUGCCGCCCGAGCGGGGAACCAGGAGAAGGUCCUUGACUACCUGAAGAGUGGAGUGGAAAUCAACAUCUGCAACCAGAAUGGGUUGAAUGCGUUACAUCUAGCCGCUAAAGAAGGCCAUGUGGAGGUGGUGGCAGAGCUACUGAAACUUGGAGCAUCUGUUGACGCGGCGACCAAGAAAGGAAACACAGCGCUACAUAUCGCCUCUCUGGCCGGACAAGCGGAUGUGGUGAGAGAGCUGGUCACCAAUGGAGCCAACGUCAACGCACAGAGCCAGAAUGGCUUCACUCCACUGUACAUGGCUGCACAAGAGAACCAUCUGGAGGUGGUCCGGUUCCUCCUGCAACAAAGCUCCAGCCAAAGCAUCGCCACAGAGGACGGUUUCACUCCGCUGGCGGUGGCUCUGCAGCAGGGUCAUGACCAGGUGGUGUCUCUGCUCCUGGAGAACGACACAAAGGGUAAAGUGCGUCUGCCCGCCCUCCACAUCGCCGCACGCAAGGAUGACACCAAGUCCGCUGCACUGCUGCUCCAGAACGACCACAACGCAGACGUCGAGUCCAAGAUGAUGGUCAAUAGAACAACUGAGGAUCUCAGUAAGAGUGGUUUUACACCUCUCCACAUCGCAGCUCACUAUGGCAACAUCAACGUGGCAACCCUGCUGCUGAACAGAGGAGCGGCGGUGGACUUCAUGGCACGGAAUGACAUCACACCCCUGCACGUGGCGGCCAAGAGAGGCAACAGUAACAUGGUGAAGCUGCUGCUGGACAGAGGGUCAAAGAUCGAUGCCAGGACCAAGGAUGGUUUGACACCGUUGCACUGUGGAGCCCGGAGCGGCCAUGAACAGGUGGUGGAGAUGAUGCUGGACCGUGGAGCACCCAUUCUGUCCAAGACUAAGAAUGGCCUAUCUCCACUCCACAUGGCUACGCAGGGCGACCACCUGAACUGCGUCCAGCUCCUGCUUCAGCAUGACGUGCCAGUUGAUGAUGUCACCAACGAUUACCUUACCGCCCUGCACGUGGCCGCCCACUGUGGGCACUACAAGGUCGCCAAGGUGAUCGUGGACAAGAAGGCCAACCCCAACGCUAAAGCACUGAAUGGUUUCACUCCUCUGCACAUUGCCUGCAAGAAGAACCGGGUGAAAGUCAUGGAGCUGCUGCUGAAACAUGGAGCUUCAAUCCAAGCUGUUACAGAGUCCGGGCUCACCCCCAUCCAUGUGGCUGCGUUCAUGGGGCACGAGAACAUCGUCAAACAGCUGAUCCAUCACGGGGCUUCUCCCAACACCACCAACGUGAGAGGAGAGACAGCACUCCAUAUGGCAGCCAGGGCAGGACAGUCAGAUGUGGUGAGGUACCUCAUACAGAACGGAGCAAAGGUCGACAUCAAGGCCAAGGAUGACCAGACCGCCCUGCACAUCUCCAGUCGUCUGGGGAAGGUGGACAUCGUGCAGCAGCUCCUGCAGAGGGGGGCAUCCGCCAACGCGGCCACUACCUCGGGCUACACCCCCCUCCACCUGGCAUCCAGGGAGGGGCACCACGACGUCGCCUCCCUCCUGCUCGAGCAGGGAGCCUCCCUCACCGCGGCAACCAAGAAAGGCUUCAGUCCUCUACAUGUGGCAGCCAAACAUGGGCAACUGGAGGUGGCCAACCUGCUACUACAGAGAGGAGCAGCAGCAGAUGCAGAGGGCAAGACUGGGCUAACUUCAUUGCAUGUGGCGGCUCACUAUGAUAAUCAGAGGGUGGCUCUGCUUUUACUGGACCAGGGAGCUUCCCCGCAUGCAGCUGCAAAGAACGGGUACACUCCGCUGCACAUUGCCGCUAAGAAGGGCCAGCUGGACAUUGGCACGACGCUGCUGGAGUACGGGGCCGACACCAACGCCUGCACCAAGCAAGGCAUCAGCCCACUCCACCUGGCAGCGCAGGAGGGCAGCGUGGACCUGCUCUCUCUCCUGCUCAGCAAGAGCGCCAACGUCAACAUGGGCAAUAAGAGUGGACUGACACCACUGCAUCUGGCAGCUCAGGAAGACCAGGUGAGCGUGGCUGAGGUGCUGCUAAACCACGGAGCCGGGGCUGAUGUGCGGACAAAGAUGGAUUACACUCCAUUGCAUGUGGCCAGUCACUAUGGAAACGUGAAGAUGGCAAACUUCCUGUUGGAAAACCGUGCUAAAGUCAACGCCAAAACGAAGAAUGGAUACACUCCACUUCAUCAGGCUGCUCAGCAGGGCCACACCCACAUCAUUAAUCUGCUGCUGCAGUACGGAGCAUCAGCCAAUCAGCUCACUCUGAAUGGAAACACACCUCUGUCGAUUGCCCGGAGACUGGGGUACAUCUCCGUGGUGGACACGCUAAGAGGAGUGACAGACGAUAACCUCAACAACGUGGCUGUGACGGAGAAACACAAAAUAAAUGUCCCAGAGACCAUGAAUGAGUUUCUCGACAUGUCUGACGAUGAGGUGCAUAGAGCCAGUCAGCGAGAGGUUGCCAGUGAGGAGAGUCACUCUGAUGGGGAAGAAGGUGAGGAUGCAAUGACCGGGGACACGGAUAAAUAUCUGCGGCCGCAGGAUCUGAGGGAGCUGGGGGAUGACUCCUUACCGCAGGAGGGAUACAUGGGCUUCAGCAUCGGAGCCCGGUCUGCCAGCCCCAGGAUCAGUUCUGACAGGUCAAAUACACUAAACCGCAGCUCUUACGCCCGGGACAGCAUGAUGAUCGAAGAGAUCCUCGCCCCCACCAAAGACCCGCUUCAGAAUGUCUUUAAAGACAUUUCCUACAUGAUUGACCCUCCAAAUAAGCAGCACUUGGUUGUCACACGAGAGUCAGAGUCUUUGAGGCGAUACAGCUGGACGCCAGACACAAUGGACAACGCCAAUACCGUCUCAAGUCCUGUCCACUCUGGCUACAACUCCCCGAUUCCCCAGUAUGACUCCAGGUUUCUGGUCAGCUUCAUGGUGGACGCUCGCGGUGGGUCCAUGAGGGGCAGUCGUCAUGACGGCAUGCGCAUCAUUAUCCCGCCCAGGAAAUGCCAGGCUCCAACACGCAUCACGUGUCGCCUGGCCAAGCGCCACCGCCUGGCCUACCCGCCCCCCAUGGUGGAGGGAGAGGGGCUGGUCAGCAGGCUAGUGGAGAUGGGGCCGGCCGGGGCGCAGUUUCUGGGGCCUGUGAUAGUGGAGAUCCCCCAUUUUGGCUCCAUGCGUGGGAAGGAGAGGGAGCUGAUCGUUCUGCGCAGUGACAACGGCGACACGUGGAAGGAGCACCAGUACGACGCCCGACCUGAGGAGCUCCUGGUGCUCCUCAAUGGCAUGAACGAGGAGCUGGACAGCCCUAUUGAGCUGGAGAAGAAGCGUAUCUGCCGGAUCGUCACCAGGGAUUUCCCACAGUACUUUGCGGUGGUGUCGCGGAUCAAGCAGGAGAGUGACUACAUGGGUCCAGAGGGUGGGGUCUUGUGCAGUGAGACAGUUCCCAUGGUGAAGGCAUCUUUUCCACCAGGUGCUCUCACUAAGAGGAUCCGAGUGGGUCUGCAGGCUCAGCCAAUCCCAGAAGAUCUGGCCCAGGCUGUGGUGGGUAACCGUGCCUCCUUUAGCCCCAUCGUUACCGUGGAACCACGGCGGAGGAAGUUCCACAAGCCCAUCACCAUGACGAUCCCCGUACCACCCCGAGUGAGAGAGGUGGCAGCCAGCGGACGGAGGGGUGACUCUGCCCCCGGCCUGAGGCUUCUCUGCAGCAUUACAGGAGGAACAUCUCCUGCUCAGUGGGAGGACAUUACAGGCACUACGCCACUGUCCUUUGUCACAGACUGUGUGUCCUUCACAACCAACGUGUCUGCCAGGUUCUGGUUGGCUGAUUGCCAGCCAGUGCCGGAGACGGUUGGCCUGGCGGCGCAGCUGUACCGAGAGUUGAUCUGCGUUCCGUAUCUGGCGAAGUUUGUGGUGUUUGCUAAGACACACGACACCAUCGAGUCCCGGCUACGCUGCUUCUGCAUGACUGAUGACAAGGUGGACAAGACGCUUGAACAGCAGGAGAACUUCGAGGAGGUCGCUCGCAGCAAAGAUAUCGAGGUUCUGGAGGGCAAGCCCAUCUUUGUGCAUUGCUAUGGAAACCUGUCUCCACUGACCAAGAGUGGGCAGCAGCUCAUCUUUAACUUCUAUGCCUUCAAAGAGAACCGUCUGCCCUUCAAUGUAAAGGUGCGAGACUUGGGUCAGGAGCCGUGUGGUCGUCUGUCCUUCUUGAGCGAGGCAAAAAUCAGCAGGAGUCACCCUCAGAUGGCCAUAUGCAACCUCAACAUCGCACUGCCAACUUAUAGGAAGGAAAUGGAGUCUGAUCCUGAUGAUGAGAAUGAAAACAAAGAGCGACGUCAUGCCUUUGCGUCUCUAGCUUUGCGUAAACGCUACAGCUAUCUGUCUCCCCCAGCAUCCAAAGCAGCUGACCGAGAGAACACACCAGAGCAAAAAGCACCAACAAUGCCACAACAACAGACUCCGGGCUAUGCUUACAAGCCUGUCUUUUCAACGCGAUCCUACCAGUCCUGGUCGUCUAAUACUCCCGUUCACGCGCCUAGCCAGGCUAAAUCUGGUUUCGGAUCUCUCUCCAGCUCCUCAUCCAACACCCCCUGUGUCUCACCACUAAAGUCUGUCUGGUCCAUCAACUCGGCGUCCCCCAUCAAGUCAGUCAUCGGAGGCUCCCCAGCUGCCUCUGUUAGGUCCUCUAGUGACAUAGGCUCCCCUGCCCGCUCGUAUAGAGCUAUCUCCUCCCCGAUAAAGACAGUUGUGCAGCAGGUCCAGUACCCAGUCCAGUCCUCCCCCACACUUCUGUCGUCCCCUGGGAAAAGCCCCCCUGAUCUGGUGUCUGUGAAAGGCCUUGCUGCCCUGCAGGCCAGGACUUCCCCUGUGCCACCUACUGGGUCUCUUCUCGAGAGGUCCUCCAUCGCGAUGACCCCUCCGGCCUCCCCCAAAUCUCCCCUGAGCAUGUACAGCUCCACGUUGCCCUACAAGAAAGUGGUGACCUCCACUGCUCCAGUCACGUCCUCGCCAAUCAAAACCGUCCCAGGUCUGUCCUCCGUCCGGACAAGCACUGACCCCUCUGCAGUUUCAAGGGGACUCUUCUCGUCUCUCACCUCGCCCCUGAAGUCAAAUGCUGCCCCAAGCACGGCGGCACUGAUAAAUGGAACGGUUUCACCAACCAAAUAUCGCUCUGCCUCUCCAACUUCUCUCCUGUCAAGCACCCUACAAGAGAGGAUACAGGCAACAACCAACGCAGCCACAACCAGCGUCAACGCCGCCCUUGACGAGGUGGAGAAAACCUUCAACUCUUGUUCCGCAUCAGGCUAUGGAACACUAAAGUCCAUGUCUUCCACACCAUCCUCCUCCUAUCAGUCGUUCCGUUCCUCUGCCUCCAACUCCCUCUAUGCCAACAUCAGGCCCUCGCCUUCCUCCGCUUCUGCCACGUCAAAUACUGUUACAGUACCAGUGUACUCUGUCAUUAACGUCUUACCAGAGCAACAUCAAUUUAAAAAGCUUCCAGAUGUGUCCAAAUCAGCUGCUGCGCUCUUGUCCCCUAGAAAGAUGCCCCCCCCUGAUCCCAGCAAACAGUCCCAAUCUCCCUUUGUUAGGACUUUGUCACCAGUCAAAACUCAACUGUUCAUAUCUCCCUCAGCUCUAAAGUCUACUGCCUCCACAUCCCCUCUCUCUUCCAGCCAGGAAAUACUCAAGGAUGUGGCCGACAUGAAAGAAGACUUGAUCAGGAUGUCUGCCAUUUUGCAGACGGACACCAGCUCAGCUACAAAAGGUCUACGUUCCGAUUCUCCCAAAGAGAAAAUGGAGGAUGAGGAACCUUAUAGAAUAGUAGAGAAAGUGAAGCAGGAUCUUGUUAAAGUCAGUGAGAUACUGACCAAAGAUGUACUGAGAGAUAACAAAGUUCCCCGCAAACCAAGCAUUGAGAAUGAGGACGAGAUAGAGGACAGCCAACACAGUAACUGGAGAAGUCCACCACGGUAUGAGACAGUGGCCCACCAGACUAAAUCAAAGACCAUACCUGAUAGGGAUUUCAACCUAGCCAAAGUGGUGGACUACCUUUCAAAUGACAUCGGUGCUAGCCCUCUUUCCAAAAUUGCAGAGGCCAAGCAAAGGAAUGAGGAGGUGAGGAGAGAGGGGGAGGAGAAACAGAAACGAGUGCUUAAACCUGCCAUGGCCAUACAAGAGCACAAGCUCAGAAUGCCCCCAACCAACAUGCGCCCCUCUGCCUCAGAGAAAGAACUCUGUAAGCUAGCCGAAGCUCUGUUUGGAAGUGAUGCCAUGUUGGACUCUCCAGAUGACAUAUCCCAGGACAAAAGUCCACUCUCAGACAGUGGCUUUGAGACGAGAAGUGAGAGGACUCCUUCUGCUCCUCAGAGCGCUGAGGGAAUGGGACCCAAGGCCCUCUUCCAGGACGUGCCUAUUCCUCCUGUCAUCACUGAAACUCGAACUGAGGUCGUCCAUGUCAUACGGAGCUACGAGCCUCCAGACGGCAUUCACGAAUCAGUCAUGGAGGAAGCAAGAGCGGCUAAAACACCUUCCCAGUGCAUCGACAUGGAGCCCAGAUCUCCUGGAGGAUCCAUUAAGGAUCGAGUCAAAGCCUACCAGGCAAAAACCAAUCAGGAGGAAGAUUCUAUGAUGGGCAAAGGCAUGAGGGUGAAAGAGGAAACACAUAUCACAACCACAACCCGCAUGGUCUACCACAAGCCUUCCAACAAGGAUGGUACACCUGAGAGAAUUGAAGAAACUAUGUCUGUGAGAGACAUCAUGAAAGCUUUCCAGUCAGGAAGAGAUCCCUCCAGGGAAUUAUCAGGCUUGUUUGAACACAAGGCUGGAGGUGAAGGCCACAGAGCAGAAUCUUCACCAAGGCCUUCAGACAGGGACAUGUCUGGAAUGCCCAAGGUGGAGAGAAUUAUCGAGGUUCAUAUUGAGAAAGGUGGCAAAUCCGAACCAACUGGAGUUAUCAUACGUGAGACCAAAAAACACCCAGAAAAAGAAAUGUAUAUCUACCAGGGCAACAGUGGGAUGAAGGAAUAUGCUAUCAGAGGGCAUGAAGCGGAGGAGCCUGAGGAAUCGCUUCCUUGCUAUUUGGACUCCACCCGAGUCAAUACAACUGUGCCUCAGGAAGAUGACAGCCGCCCAAGUUCAGCUCAACUAAUGGCAGACGACUCCUAUAAGACCUUGAGGCUUUUGAGCCAGCACUCUGUUGAGUACCAAGAUGAUGAGUCGUCCGAGGUCAGGGGAGAAUCUUAUAAAUUUGCAGACAAAAUGCUCCACUCUGACAAAUGUGACUCUUCACACUCAGAUUCCGAUGAGUCAGUGAUUGACAGGUCCCGUAUGCAGGGCCCUGAAAGGAGUGUCUUUGAGGAGGUAGGCCACCGUGGCUCCAUGAGAGAGUUCAUGUUGAAGCCGUCAAAGAAUACCUCAGAUAGGUCCAACCCAGACAGCCAGUAUGACAAACUAACGCUGCUGCAGUACUCCUCAGAGCCAGGUAGCCCUAAGCAGUCCGUGUGGAUGCGAGUCACAGAGGAUAGGCAGGGGAGGAGCAGGGAGAAGGUCUACGAGGACAGGGUAGACAGGACUGUCAAAGAGGCAGAGGAGAAACUCAGUGAGGUGUCUCAGUUUUUUCGUGACAAAACAGAGAAACUAAAUGAUGAGUUGUCAUCCCCCGAGAAAAAGUCCCGGUGCCCAGACUCAAGGGAGACGAGGUCAGGGCCGAGCUCCACGCGGAGCAGCCCUGAGAGAUCAGCGUACCGGAAUGGAGGGAGUGGAGAGGAGUGGAGCAGGGACAGAUUUAGGGAUAGAUAUGGGUCGAAUGACAGAAAAUGUGCCAGCUUGCCAAGUAGCCCAGAGAGGCGUGCGCUCUUUCAGUAUGGCGAUGAAAAACAGAAACAAGUGGAUGUCUCUUCGACAAGCAGUUUAAGUGACACUUCCAAAUCGUUCCAGCCUUCCACUUCUAAAGUCAGUUCAGUGAGAAUGAAGUUUGAGGCAGAGGCUCAAAAACAAGAUAAGGGUCCUCAGUGGGGGGGACAAACCUCACCCUCUACUAUCAGAAAGCUUUCUGAGAGCAAAUCGCCAGCCUAUCAGGUUUUUGCAGACCGAGAGCAAAGCCCAAAGAAAGAUCAUGAUCCUGAUGGCAGUCCAAAAAAUGGACAAAACUAUUAUGUAAGAGAAGCUCAGGCCUUCUCUCAAAAUCAGUCAGGUGAAAGGCACAGAACCCUUCCCAAAGGUUCCUCCCCAAAACACAACACCAAUAUGAAAGAGUCUGAAGAAAGAAAAACCUGGGAAAGCCAUGACAACGGACACCACAAACCCUGCAAUGAACGCGAAGGGGAAAUAUCCACCAAGGAGGAAACAACCCAAAAAAUUAUCUACACAGAGCUUGUGAUCCGAGAAGAUAGCAGCAACUCUGAUCAGUGUAAUAGAGCUCUAAAAAAAAACUCGGAAUCACAAAUUCCUGUUAGGGUGUCAUCUAGUUUUAUAAACCAUCAUCAGAGUAGUACAUUACAGUUAGAUAAUUCAGUCAAAGCUCAUGAUAGGGGUAGUUCACAUAUACCUACAUUAGCUAGAAACAGGUUAAACUGUAGCUCUGAAGAAAACAGAUCAUCUAGUGAUUUGUCAUCCAUAGGAUCUCCCUCAGAGUCGAUCACUACUGUAAUUUGCAAUGGGGUCGAUAGUGAUCAGGUGGAGUACAUGGAAAAGGUGUCACCUGUCGCAGCUGCAGAGAGUUUCAAAGACAUCAAGCCUCUACCUGUUUAUGUUAGCAUUCAAGUGGGAAAGCAGUAUGAGAAGGAAACCGCCACAGGGCAGCUGAGCACGUACAAAAAGAUAGUCAGUCACGAAAGUCGAACAGUACACGAAACUAGGGGAGCGUUUUACACAGUAAAACAAAAACAGCCUCCCUCUCCCCAGGGUAGCCCAGAGGAUGACUCUCUGGAACAGGUCACCUUCUUGGACAGUUCUGGAAAAAGCCCAGUCACCCCAGAGACUCCAACAUCUGAGGAGGUAAGCUAUGACCUCACCUGCAGAACACCAGAGUCUGUCAUCGGUCCCAUGGCAGGUAUGCCAAGCCCAAUCACUGAGGAGUCUGAAGAAGAGGACCAAGGCAAGACUUUCAUCUUCAACGAGUCCAAACCAGCAACUUCUUCAGAGCCCCAGAAAGGAAGCCAAGAGGCACCCAGAAGACCAAAAGACAGAAGAAUAGCUUAUAUUGAGUUUCCGCCACCUCCUCCUUUAGAGGGAGAGCAGUCUGAACCCGAGAAGAAAGGAUCAUGUCCCUCCUCCGAGGCUGAGACGGAGAUGAUGGAGGUGAACCUCCAAGAGGAGCACGACAGGCAUCUUCUUGCGGAGCCUGUCAUACGAGUCCAGCCUCCCUCUCCCCUUCCUCCUGGUGCUGACGAGAGUGACUCAAGUGAUGAUGAGUCAGUGUUCCAGCCCAUUCCUCUAAAAAAAUACAGCUUCAAGAUAUCUGAGGAGAACCCUGAACCAAAACGCACAAAGCAGAGAAAGGAUAGGAAUGGCUCGAAUGGCAAGGACUCGGGUUUGAUCGGCGAAGAAAAAGGAGAUGACAUUGAGCUUGAAGCAAAUGGUAAUGAUCAGUCAAUCACAGACUGUUCACUAGCAACUACAGCAGAGUUCUCCCAUGACACUGAUGCCACAGAGAUUGAUUCUCUGGAUGGCUAUGACUUGCAAGAUGAGGAUGAUGGCCUGAGUGACCCAAAAACUUCAAGCCUCUCGAAUGACGGAAAGGCAGCAGAUCGCUCGUUCAGCCAAUCUAAGCUUGAGGUCAUCGAGGAAGAAAGUUCACCAAAUGAGGAGGGAGCAGGGGAAAAGGCUAAAUCAAAAAGCAACUCAAAAGAGAAAAACGAAGAAGAUGAUGAGAUUUACACCCUGGAGGGAAGGCACCCAGAAAGGCAAGCAUUGGACAGCUGGACAGAUGACUUGAACACCACCUUCAAAACUGUUGCCACCAAGGGUCUGGAAUUUGAUCCAUGGUCCACCAAAGAGGGCGAGGAUGGAUGCUUUGACUCCAAAGGAAAAGAUGAGGACACCAAGCCUUUUGGUUUGUCUGUAGACGACAAGUCUCAGGCGACCACACCAGACACUACUCCUGCUAGAACUCCCACCGAUGAGAGCACGCCAACUAGCGAGCCAAAUCCUUUCCCCUUCCAUGAGGGCAAGAUGUUUGAGAUGACUCGCAGCGGUGCUAUUGACAUGAGCAAGCGGGAUUUUGUUGAAGAAAGACUUCAGUUUUUCCAGAUUGGUGAGCAUACCUCUGACGAUGAGAUACCAGGGGACAAGGGGAAGGUGGGCAGGAGUACAGGACUAGUGGCCUCCCAGGCAAACACAGGGGAGAGAGCUGUAGAGGGGAAAGUAGAGGCCACCACAGCCAGCACACCAUCCAUGACCAACCCCAGUCAGCCCAUCUCCGGCUGCCUGGAUACCUCACCUAGUGACAUUGCAGAGAUUGCCUCCUCUUGCACAGUCACUGCCUCUAAGGUUGACCCUAAAUUACGUACGCCCAUUAAAAUGGGAAUCACUGCCUCCAUUACCAUUAAGAAAGACUCUGGUUCAGCCGAGUUAGCGGACGUUAAGACGGAAAUAACAGAAAGUCUGAUGGCAGAGUAUGUUAGUUUGAACAGCAAUAUUGUUGAUAGUCAGUUUGGUAGCAAGCGCUCUGAAACAAAGCCAGGUGAUAGGAGAGAUCUUCCUACUGAAAAUUGCAAUAACAACAACAACCUAGAAUCAUCUAGUGUUCAGGCCAACUACAUCCAGCGGGGAAGCGUAGUUUUCAACUUACAGACGUCCUCUCAGCCUACUCUUCAAAAAGCCAGUAGAAUAGAAGCUCAGAUGAGUAAAGACACAGUGGAAAGAGUAGAGGGGAAAGGUAGCACUCAGAGUGAAAGGAAGGAGAGGAAAGCCGACACACCCAAGGAGUCAGAGGUCAGGCAGCCCAAGUCGAGACUCCCAGUCAAAGCCUCUGGAUUUACAUUUCAGAGUUCAACCUCAGGGAAACAAAAACCCAGGCAAGUUGUGAAGCCAGAAGCUAGGAAAGGAUUCACUCCUGCCCCAGUGCCCCUAGAGCCCAAAUCCAGAAUCCCAGUCAAGGAGGUUAAAGCAAACAGUGCACUGGUCUCCCCAAUUACAGCUCAGGUAGCACCUAGGAUGAUCAGGCCCAAGGCAGAGAAGGCAGUCGUGCAGGUAGUCAGUGCCUCUAAGUCGCUUCCCAAAGUCAGUCCGGCAGGUGUCUCAGGUACGGUGAGCGAGGCAGCGGCAGCAGCGUGCAGGCAGUCGGACCUGAGCGAGGUGUGUAGACGUUCCAUCGAGUUCUUUGAAAGCGUUAGCGGGGAGACGCUAAAGCUGGCAGAGCGUCUUUCAGACGAGGAGAGGCAGAAGCAGAAGCGCAGGCAGGGAGAGCAGUCACAGUCCGAGGAAGACAGCAGCCGCAGCAGCAGCAGCACCUCCAGGAGCAGCUCCCUGUCGGACCCCUCUCAGCCAUCACAGCCCUCCAACUCCGCCGGCUCCGCCCGUGGGGCUGUGCCCUCCAGGGCAAAGGUCACCAGGGGGUCGGGAGGUGAGAGGAAGAGGAGCCGGCGGACUGGAGGCGGGAAGGAGGGGCGGCAGGUGGCAGGGACUCGCGGGGCGCCCCCCGUCGCGGAGAUCAAGCCUAGUCCCCAGAGCCCUUGUGAAAGGACAGACCUCCGAAUGGCUAUUGUGGCCGAUCACCUUGGACUCAGCUGGACGGAGGUGGCUCGUGAGUUGAACUUCUCUGUGGAUGAGAUCAACCACAUCCGUGUGGAGAACCCCAACUCUCUGACCGCUCAGAGCUUCAUGUUGCUCAAGAAAUGGGUCGGCCGAGAGGAAAAGAACGCCACGACGGACACCUUGACUGCUGUGUUGACCAAAGUGAACAGGAUGGACAUAGUGACUUUGCUGGAAGGGCCCAUAUUUGACUAUGGUAACAUUUCAGGCACCCGAAGUUUUGCAGAUGAUUACGCUGUGUACCAGGAUCAGGCUGAUGGUUGGCACAGCGAGACGUCCAGCGUGAACGUGGAACCGCCUACCCCCGGACGUAGCCUCAGCUCUGACCUCAUCGACAGGCAGGAGAACAGCCAGGAGAAUUCCAGCGACUCCGUCACGUCCUCGUCGCGGGGCGAGUCCGGUAGGCCACGUCAGAACGGGGAGCGCUCCGACAGUCCAGCCCAAAACUCCCAAAACCAGCGUAGCGGGAAGAGCACAGGGGCGCGGGGUAGAGAGGAGGGGGCCCUCGUCUCCGAGCACAAAGUCCAGCAGCUGAGUGCUACAGACUCUGGCUCGGACGAGGAGCACACUGUCACCACCAGAGUGUUUCGCAGACGCCUCAUUCUAAAGGGUGAGGACGCGAGAAACAUUCCUGGGGAAUCAGUGACAGAGGAGCAGUUUAUUGAUGAGGACGGGAACAUCAUUACUAGAAAAAUCAUCAGGAAGGUGAUCCGCCGUGUGGACACCCCUACCCCAGAGGACCAGGAAGGGGAGGGGGGCGACCUUGACCCCUACCACAGGCCCUGUUUAGAGGGGGACAUGCAGGGGCUCGACCCCCAUGAGGGGGAGGUGUCCAAGGCCAGAAGGAAGGAAGAUAGGAGAUCUGGAGAGAAGAAGGCAUACUCUUAAAUGCAGCUCUGCCUUAGCAGACUUGCAGGAUUUACCGGAUCUGUUCCCUUGUGGCAGUGUCAUGGCUGCACAGUUCAAAGGAGGGGAUGAUUUUGGCCAAUAAACACACUUCUGCAGCUUCCACGUGUAAAGGCAUGGUGUUUGUUGAGAAAGAGGACUUGUACCGUUUGAUUUUUCGCAUGAGCAUGGCAACUCACACUUCAUCCUGCAGAGCGGGGCGCCUAUGGCGGUUUCCCAGCAGCCCCAGGGCCAGGAGGCAACCACUUCCUGUCUGUUACAGGACCUCUAAGGACUUACUUCCUGUCCCAGAAGGUACUACUUCCUCUAUAUAGAGGAGUCCAUAUGGUACUAUUUCCUGUCUACUGAGGAAACCAAAGGGCACUACUUCCUGUCCACAGAAGAACCUCUAGGGUACUACUUUUUCUCAUCGGAGGGACUCAGCGGGCUGUUCCUCCUGACUCUACUGGGACGUGUAAGGCUAAGGAUUGAUCGCCGCUGGCAUCAGAGGAGAGGAGAAAACUGAAGGAGUAUCUUCAGAAACAACAAACACAGACUCCCAGCGUCAGCUGCAACUCAACAAACAAUUCCAUGUGACCAAAGAAGGCACAAACUAUUUUGUUAAAACAAACAAGUCAAACAAUAUGGACUCUUCAGAAGCUCCUCCCUCACCGGCCUUAUAGCUUAUCUCGGACCCACGUCAGGAUGUAAAUUGCAAUUUUUUUAUUUAGCUUAACUUAAUUUUUGUUUGUUUUAAAGACAAAUUGAUGAUAAUUUUACUGUACAUAAAUUACAUUGUGUAAAAUUAUGAAAAAUAAGUAUUCAAGGUUCAGAAGGCACAAAGUCACAAGAACUUUUUAAGUGCUUUCAACGUUAUUGAAACAGUACCACUCCAAAGGAAGGUUUAAGUGUAAGUUCACAUGCUCUUGUAUAACUAAUUAUUAUAGCUAAAAUAUUUGUAAAUUGAAAAAAAUUGUUCGAUUUUAACUGAAGUAAUUUCCUUGAAACUUCUGCAGAUUCUGGACUUCCCAGAAUAGGUGUGCUAAUCUAAUUCUGUGAAACAAAGAUUUAGAGUACUAAUAUUUUGACGCAUGCUACUCACGUUAUUUUAAGUACAUUUUUCUAAGUUUGCAAACACUAUAUUUCAACCAGACCAGAAAUAACAUUUCCCUGUCUGCAUCUACAGUCCUUAAUGUUUCUCACAAGUUUUAUAUUCCGAAAAACGUCACACAGAGAAUGUGAAGGUGAGGUACUUUUGUUUGGAUGCUUCCUUGAGGAUUAAUCUACUGUGUUGUUCUUCUUCAGUUUGAAGGGCAUAGAUUCAGGUGUUGGCUUGAGUGCUGAGGAUGAGAGGGUAUCUGAAUGUAUAUGCUGGUAGACUGGCUCGCUGUUUAAAAUUAGUAAUGUGUCCUGUGUAAACGGCUAUAGGAUAUAGAGGUCUCUGUAUGUUGUAAGGCAAUUUGUAAUCAUAUGAGUGUAUUCAUUGAUUUUUUUGUUUUUUUGUUUUAAGGCUGCUGUGAUUUCAGAAAGGGAAAGGCAUUUUUUCCAGGGAUUUGUUGAAAUAUUUCUUCCAAACUGAAAUAAGAGGUUCACAUUUGACCUUCACUGACUGUUGUUCCUCAUAACAUAUUGUGUGUAUGGUAUGAUAUAUGAAAAAAAAAAACACUGGAUGGUCAUAACAAUUAUUUAAGCUUAAAUUGACUUGUUUAAAUCUACAAUGUGUGACAUCUUUUUAGAAUCUGUAUAUUGCAGUGUCUGCACUGGUUUGAUUGAUAGCUUAGAAUUUUAUUUUUGCAUCUAGAGUUUUUCUUUAAAAUGAUUUUCACUAGAGCCUGUUUUAGUCGAAUCUGUUGUGUGUAAGGUGUGACGAUUCUGCCUUUAGAGUGCUGACCUACUCCGUAGACAAGUGUUUGGAGAGGAGUCAUCGUGAUGAGGAAUCAUCUUCUAGAAUGUUAUCAAUUAUGACAUUAUGUUAUGGAUUCUAGAAUGUUACUUUUUGCAUCCCCUUGUAGGCGUCUGUCUUGGGGAGAGGGUGGGAGGGACUUAGUAAGGUCAGAAUAUUCUGUUGAUUUUAUUUGAUGUUUGUUUCCACCCAAGCAGCAUUUUGGUGUAUACAAUUCUUACUGAGUGAAGCCAUUUUAAUGUCUCUAUUUCAGCACUUUGGUUAUUGAAGGUCUUCUCUUUUAGAAGCUAGCAGCAAUGACGCCAUCACAAUGUCUCAGACGUCUUUAAAAAAAAUCCAACAAUAAAAAUGCAUUGAUUUUGCAAA